CCAACCCAUUUUAUGAUUGGCUUCUCUAUUCUCUAAUAGAGUACUAUAAUUCAAGGAAAUCGAUCAGCCAAGGCAUCAGCUCAGUGGAGGAACCAAAAGUCUUUGCGUUGCUUUAAUUCAUUACCUCUAUUCACUGUGAAUAAUUUAGCCUGGUACCCUUGACCCUUCUCUCAAAACGUUGCUAUUGAAGACAACGGAUAGUGUGGAUAUUGUAAAGUGUAAAAGACUAACGCCCAGAGAAGAGACUUUUGGGCUAACGAUGUCUUGUUAUUAUGGGAUGAAAUGACUGCUUUAAUGAACUUUUGGGAUCCAAAUAAACCUUUGCUUACCAUUAAUGGGUUAUUCUUACCUAUCAAAAAAAUUAAUGGGUUAUUCUUACCGUGAUGAUGGUGGUCGUGUGGUGGCAUAUAUCAAUAUUGAUAUUUAUUAUUAUUUUUCAGUUAAUGAGCAUUGAGCUUAACAUUAUUUGUUGCACGAUAUAUCUCUACAGCAAAUUCAUUCAUGGAUCGUUGGAGUGGAAUUUUGAAAAUUCCGUUGUAUCCAAAUAGCAGAAAUUUCUACAGAGUUGCAGCAUCUAUCUGCUUCUCUACUUCUUCCAAAAGGCUUUCUGUACCUUAUGGAAAUGUCAUAUUCUUUAAUGGAGAUCGAGUGGAAGGGACUGGAAAUCCAGUGAUAGAGAGAUUAUCUGAUCCUCAAAAAAUUGUUGAAAUUUUAGUUUCUAAAUUUGAGGGGUCUGUUAAUGCUUAUGUUAUUGAGGCUCCUGUUUUCAAUGGACCUUUUGCAGUUUACAAGGAUUUCAUCCCUUCUGUUAACGAGAAUGGAGAGCCAAAAGUUUAUGAUGCAACGGAGUUCCCAGCUUCUACAUCGCUGGUCCUGCUAUUGUCAAAAUUUCUGAAAGAGGCCAAGCAAGUCAUUUUAGGGAAACAGAAAGAGCCAUACCAGGCUGAGGUCACUCCAUCAUUUUCAUGUGAACCGAGAACAGCAGUUCUUGGAUUUAGCAAGGGUGGCACCAUACUUAACCAGCUAGUAACUGAGCUUGCUUUCGCAGAAGUCCAACACACAGAAUGCCCUUCUCAAGGAAACAAGAAUGUGAUGAAUGGAGGAGGACUUGCUACCAGAGAAGAGGAUAUGAUUGUACCUACUUCAAAAGACCGCCUCUUGAACAGCAUAACUGAGAUUCAUUAUGUGGACGUUGGCUUGAACUCUAAAGGUGCAUAUCUUACUGACAGAGACGUUAUUGAUAAAAUAUCUGAGCGCCUUGCUCAUGGAGCUUCUGGAAUUCGGUUUGUUUUUCACGGAACUCCUAGACAGUGGGGUGAUAGCAGGCGAAUGUGGAUAAGGAAUGAAAAGGAUGCACUAGUUCGGCUUCUUAAAACUGCUGCUCAUAGGAAUAUGGGGAAAUUAUAUAUUCGCGAGAGAUCAUAUUUUAACGGUACACCUGCUAAUCUGCAGAUGCACUUUGAAAUUAUUGAGCAUUUGGAUGUCAGUUGAGUUAAAGUCGUGAUAUAUGUGCCUCUUCUUCAGUGUAGACAACUUUCUGCUUGAUUGCUUGUGAUCAAUGGCAUCUUAAGGUAGAAAUUUGGGAUUAGGCAGCUCGAUCAUGUUAAUAUCACUACUGUAAAUAAUUACAUAUCCAUUGUUCAGUUAGUAGAUGGCUAGCACGCUCUUUUUACAUUA